GUGUGCGAGUGUGUGUGUACGGGAGUGUGUGCGCACACGCCUUCGGGGGCCGGAGUGACACUGCAGUGGGCUUCUCCCUAGCCCCGGCCUUCCGGCUGCUCAGCCUCCAACCUGCCGGCUUCGCUUUUGGGAAGCAGCUCGGCUCUUCCAUCUUCCCAAGCCUUCCUCUCCAUCCUUUCAUCCACCCCGCUCCGUUCUUACUUUUCCUUUUACCCACGGGGCCGCGGCCGACCACCCCUCAACUGGUGCAAACACCCAGGCUGUCCCCAGUCCUCUCCCAAGCCAGUAUUUCCCCACCUGUCUUUCUCUGGGGCUCCUCCACGAGCCAGUCCAAGGCUCCCCCAUCCUUGGAAAUUGUCUUGUUGGACUGCUGUACUGAGGCGUGUAAAGCUUGAGGACUUUAUUAUUAUUUUGAUUCUUUUCAUUUCCUCCCCUUCUGGGCAACGGAGCAAUGAAAUUUCCAAUCGAGACGCCAAGAAAACAGGUGAACUGGGAUCCUAAAGUGGCCGUGCCUGCAGCAGCGCCACCGGUGUGCCAGCCCAAGAGCGCCACUAACGGGCAGCCUGCGGCUCCGCGCCUCUCCAUUUCCUCCCGAGCCACGGUGGUAGCCAGGAUGGAAGGUGCCUCCCAGGGGGGCCUGCAGACCGUCAUGAAGUGGAAGACAGUGGUUGCCAUCUUCGUGGUCGUGGUGGUCUACCUCGUCACCGGCGGCCUCGUCUUCCGGGCGUUAGAGCAGCCCUUUGAGAGCAGCCAGAAGAAUACCAUCGCCUUGGAGAAGGCGGAAUUCCUGCGGGACCACGUGUGUGUGAGCCCCCAGGAGCUGGAGACCCUGAUCCAGCAUGCCCUUGAUGCUGACAAUGCGGGAGUCAGUCCCAUAGGAAACUCUUCCAACAACAGCAGUCACUGGGACCUUGGCAGUGCCUUUUUCUUUGCUGGAACCGUCAUCACCACCAUAGGGUAUGGGAAUAUUGCUCCAAGCACUGAAGGAGGCAAAAUCUUUUGUAUUUUAUAUGCCAUCUUUGGAAUUCCACUCUUUGGUUUCUUAUUGGCUGGAAUUGGAGACCAACUUGGAACCAUCUUUGGGAAAAGCAUUGCAAGAGUGGAGAAGGUCUUUCGAAAAAAGCAAGUGAGUCAGACCAAGAUCCGGGUCAUCUCAACCAUCCUGUUCAUCUUGGCCGGCUGCGUUGUGUUUGUGACGAUCCCUGCCGUCAUUUUUAAAUACAUCGAGGGAUGGACAGCCUUGGAGUCCAUUUACUUUGUGGUGGUCACUCUGACCACGGUGGGCUUUGGUGAUUUUGUGGCAGGGGGAAACGCUGGCAUCAAUUACCGGGAGUGGUAUAAGCCCCUAGUGUGGUUUUGGAUCCUUGUUGGCCUUGCCUACUUUGCAGCUGUCCUCAGUAUGAUUGGAGAUUGGCUACGGGUUCUAUCCAAAAAGACAAAAGAAGAGGUCGGUGAGAUCAAGGCCCACGCGGCCGAGUGGAAGGCCAACGUGACCGCCGAGUUCCGGGAGACGCGGCGGCGGCUGAGCGUGGAGAUCCACGACAAGCUGCAGCGAGCGGCCACCAUCCGCAGCAUGGAGCGCCGGCGGCUGGGCCUGGACCAGAGGGCCCACUCGCUGGACAUGCUGUCGCCCGAGAAGCGCUCCGUCUUCGCCGCGCUGGACACGGGCCGCUUCAAGGCGUCGUCCCAGGAGAGCAUCAACAACCGGCCCAACAAUCUGCGCCUUAAGGGGUCGGAGCAGCUGAACAAACACGGGCAGGGCGCAUCAGAGGACAACAUCAUCAACAAGUUCGGGUCCACCUCCCGGCUCACCAAGAGGAAAAACAAGGACCUCAAAAAGGCCUUGCCCGAGGACGUUCAGAAAAUCUACAAGACCUUCCGGAAUUACUCUCUGGAUGAAGAGAAGAAAGAGGAGGAGACAGAAAAGAUGUGCAACUCGGACAACUCCAGCACGGCCAUGCUGACGGACUGCAUUCAGCAGCACGCGGAGCUGGAGAACGGGUUGGUACCCACGGACACCAAAGACGAGGGGCUGGAGAACAACUCACUACUUGAAGACAGAAACUAAAUGUGAAGGACACUGGACUUGGACUGAACGUUGGUUUUUGCUUUUUUUUUUUUUUUUUAAUAUAUUCACACUGAGACACGUGCCUUAAACAGACUUCUUGUUAGUCCAAAAUUACAUAGCAUUGGAGAAUAUAUUUCACUGUGCCAUAAACAACUGAAAGCUUGCUCUGCCAAAAGGAAUCAAAGAACAACAACUUCAUGUCAGAUAGCAACCGUAGGACACAGGGGAGCGUCCGCACACAAAGCAGGUCAUGGCUGUGCAUGUUAAGGGUGUUUUCGUGGCGGUGCUGUGCCGCUGUGCAGCACGGCCCUGGCAUGACACAGAGACAAGGGCAGCUAUUCCUUAGACCAGCCUCCGGAGAGGAACAGGUGUGUCUUUUAAAUGGAGUCUUGUGCACAUGCAGAAGGGGACCUGAUUGGGGGUGAACUGGUUUAACUGUAACUAGGGUGUAGACUUGACAUUUCGGCAUGUGCUCUGAGCUUGAAUUUUGAUACAAUCCAUUCAGUGCAUAAUAUUAAAUACCUAGUCUUUCUAAGCUCCAAAUGAAUGUCUGUGGGACCCGAGAGCACCUGGAAUUUGUUGGAAGCAGAUCAGAGCACACGUAUUAAAAGGUGCAAUUGCUUUUCUCAU